AUGAACGACACGGGCAUAUUUUACAAAAACAACCAAACAGAGAACUUCACAGAGACUGACAAGUCAAUCCCCUCAUCUUACAGCCACAUCGACAUCGCCACUUUCAUGCACAUAUUCCCUUCAAUUUAUGGCAUCCUGUGCUCAGUAGGAGUUAUAGCCAACGCGCUGGUCAUCUACGCGGUCAAAGCAUGCAAGAAGAAAAUGGUAUCGGACAUCUACGUGUUGAACUUGGCAAUAGCCGACAUGCUGUUCUUGCUUGUGAUGCCUUUCAACAUUCACCAGCUGGUCAGAGACAGACAGUGGGUGUUCGGAAACUUUAUGUGUAAAGCGGUCGUGGUGGUGGACGUCAGCAACCAGUUCACCACGGUGGGGAUUGUCACUGUGUUGUGCAUUGAUCGGUACAUAGCUAUCGUCCACCCCACCUCAGAGAAGAGGACCAUCCAGUGGACCAUCAUCAUCAACAUGCUGGUGUGGCUGGGCAGCUUCCUCCUCACUGUCCCCGUCAUGCUGUAUGCCAAGGUUGAGCGCAGGCAGCAUUUGCAGGUGUGCAUGAUGUACCUGGACGGGCCUGAGGACAUGUACUGGUACACUCUCUACCAGUCCAUCCUGGGCUUCAUCAUCCCUCUCAUCAUCAUCAGCACCUUCUACCCGCUCACCCUCUACCACGUCUUCAGCUCCAUCCGUCGCGUCAAGCGCAAGCAGUCCGUUUGGGCUAAAAGAGCCACCAAGAUGGUCCUCAUGGUCAUCGCCCUGUUCCUGAUCUGCUGGUCGCCCUACCAUGUCAUUCAGGUGAUCAACCUGACCAACAACAACCCCACUAUCGCCUUCGUGUACGCCUACAACAUCAGCAUCUGCCUCAGCUACUCCCACAGCUGCAUCAACCCGCUCAUGUUGCUCAUCUUCGCCCAGAAUUACCGCGAGCGUCUUUGCCACAGAAACGCGCUGCACAGCUCCCAGCAGUCAUCCAAGAUCACCGUGGUUAAAACGGAUGGUUCCAGCUCAGCCAAUGAUCCCAACUACCGCUGCACUGUCAUCUAA